GAGGUGUUUCGGAUGUCACUCUACCUCACUUUCCCCGUGGUUAUGUUUUGGAUCUCCAAUCAGGAAGAGUGGUUUGAAGACUAUGUUGUCCAGCGCAAGAAGGAGCUGUGGCCACCAAAGAAGGAGGCUCAGUGCCAGGAGCUAGAAGAAUUCAAACAGAAGAUCUGGAAGCAGAGGGAAGAGAGACUUCUUCAAGCUGCUCAGUAG